AUGGAAACGACGCUGGGCUCUACAGAACGCGGAUCAAGCACUUUCACAGUCUGUGUCUCGUAUCUUUUAUAUGUCGCCUAUAUUCUCGUCUCCUUACAGCACUUGCAAAUCCACUUACGUAGCUGCGAGGCGACGUUUCUGGGAAUGGGAAUCCUUCUCAACUGCUUCGGAGGCUCUGCUUCAACAUCUAAGAAGCAACCUUCCACUUCAGUAGAAUAUCUCUGCCAGCGCUUUUCUCUCGCCCAGCUUCGAAAAUCCACCAAUGGCUUCAGCGAAAGCCACUUUCUGCGCCAAGGCCAGCAUGGUCCGGUGUACAGGGGCUCCAUCUCCAUCAACGGCCAACUGAAAGAUAUUACAGUGAAGCGUCUGGGAGCCGGUUCCUCAACAGGUCUCACUCUGUACAAGAACGACGUCCUGUUUAUGUGCCAGCUCCACCACCCGAAUCUGCAGCCUCUGGUUGGAUUCUGCGAUGAUAAAAAUGAAAUGAUUGUGGUCUAUGAGCAUGCCCCAAACGGAUCACUCCGGGAUCUAUUUGGGAGCAAGCCGCCAACGUUCUCAUGGAAGAAGAGGCUGGAAAUCAGCAUCGGAGUGGCGCGUGGCUUGCACUACCUUCACGCCGGAACCAAACGCAUCAUCAUUCAUCGCAAUAUAAAAUCGGCGUGCAUUCUUUUGGGCGAGAACUGGGUUCCCAAACUCUCCUAUUUCGGGUUCUCUCUAGCAGGACCCAAGUUCUCAGCAAAGGAUAUGAAACCCCUCAGGCUGGAGUCGGUCAAGGGCCCUAAGGGACACAUAGCUCCUGAGUGCUUCGGCAGCAGUAACGUCACGUACAAAUGCGACGUUUAUUCAUUUGGAGUAGUUUUGCUAGAACUCAUUUGCGGAAAGACUUUAUAUCAAAUCAGUGAGCUUGACGGGCGUCAACUUGAGAAUACUGCAGAUUUUUUCCAUUUCACGCUGAGCUUGGUUGAGAAAGUACGUAAUUUGGCAGGAACAGUAAGAGCUGAGGGAAUUAUUGAUGAAACUUUAGUGGGACAAAUAGCAGCAGAGUGCUCGAAAUUGUACUUGGACAUUGCAGAGAGUUGCUUGAGGGAGGAUCAUAAUGAGAGGCCAGACAUGGGAGAUGUUGAAGUUCAACUUGAACGGCUAUUACAGCUGCAAGAGGAAGCAGAUUCUAGCAAUGCUUCCUUGUGA